UGUAGGGAGCGCGGCUGCUGCACCGUGAGGGAGAGGCGGGAGUUGCUGCGGCCUCCCUAUCACCCCCCAUCGAAUUCCACAGUCCGCCGGUUAUCGCGACAGCCCGCCACCGCAUCGCGAUYAACCCCGGCGGAAGAGCCCCGCUGUGCUUCCGGCACUGGUCGGGGCGUGUCUGGCCGCGGCACCACCCGCGCUCUAUGGUCCGCGGUGCUCCCAGGGUCCCCCGCGCCGCGGCCGGUACUCCAGAGGAGCGCGGCGGCGGGCGCUGGCCUGUCCGGGGCCUGUCUUGCCCCGGGGCUGCGCCUGCCCGCGGCCGCCAUGGAGCUGGAGGUGCCUGAGGAGGCGGAGGGCUCGGCCGCGGCGGGUGCCGGUGCCAUCAGUCCGGAGGCCGGCGUGGGGGGACCGGACGAGUCAGGAGGUUUGGGCCCAAAGAAGACAGCCAUCACUGAGGGCCCAUCACUGCCAGGACAGCCAGGCCAAGGAAAGAGGAUCGGCCAUCGAAGUGUGGAUGCUUCUGGGGAAACCACCUACAAAAAGACGACCUCAUCCACUCUGAAGGGGGCCAUCCAGCUGGGGAUUGGAUAUACUGUGGGCAACCUGAGCUCCAAGCCAGAGAGAGAUGUCCUGAUGCAGGACUUCUAUGUGGUGGAGAGCAUCUUUUUCCCAAGCGAAGGCAGUAACCUCACCCCAGCUCACCACUACGCCGACUUCAGGUUCAAGACCUACGCCCCCGUGGCUUUCCGCUACUUCCGAGAGCUCUUUGGGAUUCGUCCAGAUGAUUAUUUGUAUUCAUUAUGUAAUGAGCCUCUGAUCGAGCUGUCCAACCCCGGGGCCAGCGGCUCCCUUUUCUAUGUCACCAGCGAUGAUGAAUUCAUCAUAAAAACUGUGAUGCACAAGGAAGCUGAAUUCCUACAGAAGCUCCUCCCUGGAUACUACAUGAAUCUGAACCAGAACCCCCGGACACUGCUGCCCAAGUUCUAUGGACUGUACUGUGUGCAGUCUGGGGGAAAAAACAUCCGCGUGGUCGUGAUGAACAACAUCCUGCCUCGAGUGGUGAAAAUGCACCUGAAAUUCGACCUCAAAGGCUCAACCUACAAACGCCGGGCAUCCAAGAAGGAAAAAGAAAAGUCCAGCCCUACAUACAAGGAUCUGGACUUCAUCCAAGACAUGCCCGAGGGCCUGAUGUUGGAUGCAGACACCUUCAGUGCUUUGGUGAAGACGUUGCAGCGAGACUGCCUGGUAUUGGAAAGUUUUAAAAUCAUGGACUACAGCCUCCUGCUCGGGGUUCAUAACAUAGACCAGCACGAGCGGGAGCAACUGUCGGAGGGAGCCCACAGCACAUCGGAUGAGAAACGUCCCGUGGGGCAGAAAGCCCUGUACUCCACAGCCAUGGAAUCCAUCCARGGAGGGGCUGCCCGGGGAGAGGCCAUAGACACAGAUGACACGAUGGGAGGGAUCCCAGCAGUGAAUGGCAAAGGCGAGCGUCUCCUGCUGCACGUAGGGAUCAUAGAUAUCCUGCAGUCAUACCGGUUCAUCAAGAAGUUAGAGCACACCUGGAAGGCCCUGGUCCACGAUGGGGACACCGUGUCAGUGCACAGACCCAGCUUUUAUGCAGAGAGAUUCUUCAAAUUCAUGACAAACACAGUGUUUCGAAAGAAUUCCUCUCUGAAGUCAUCCCCCUCAAAGAAAGGGCGCAGUGCCUUGCUGGCUGUGAAGACGGCGGGUCCCACAGCUGCAUUCUCAGCCAGCCAGCUGGCCUCYGACAAGGACGACACCCAGUACGACCUGCGGGCAGCCAGGAGUUACCCCACGCUUGAUGAUGAAGGUGCUAAACCUAACCAGGACAGGGAAGAAGCAGGCAGGCCAGACCUGCUCCCUUGCACUCCUCCUUCCUUUGAAGAAGCUACCACGGCCUCCAUAGCCACGACACUAUCGUCAACAUCCCUCUCUGUUCCCGAGCGAUCCCCCUCGGAGACCUCUGAGCAGCCCAGGUACAGGAGGCGUACACAGUCCUCAGGGCAGGAUGGCAGGUCACAUGAGGAGGCGCGGGUCGAGGAGGAGGUUCAGCAGAUCAGUGUCGAGCUGGAGCCCAAGUGUGACGUUGAGAUCGUAGCUCCUGAAAAAGAAGUCAAAGAAGAGGCAGCUUCUUCAGCCUGUGCCAUAGCCACCAUAGCAUUGAAGACGGACAGCCAGACCUGGGAACUAGACAGCCAGGCCUCGGAUGAAGACGAUGUGCCAGUCACAGACAUAUACUUUCCGACAGACGAGAGGAGUUGGGUUUACUCCCCGCUCCACUAUAGCGCUCAGCUCCACUCUGUCUCCGAUGAGGAGAGCGAUACAUAAUCUCUAUGCAGACACAGAAGUCCCAGAGAGCAGUGAUUCCCUCUGCAGGUCGAUGUGUUCCCUUUUCGUUGAUGCAGCCGUUCCAGUGGGAUGGGGAAGAGCUUGCUGACACCAGUAUUGCUGCACUGCAGGAUCCCAGGCACUGCAUUUCAGAAUGGAGCAAAACUAUAACCAUGUAUUUCUACUUACCCCAGAUGUGGGCAGCAAAGAAACCACUCGCUCACCCGCAGCUCCCAGCAGAAAAUUCCAGCUGGGUGUAGAGAAUCCUGGGUAGUAACACAGUGUUUUCCAGACGUGCACUACCGUAGCUACCUAUCCAUGUGUGAUACUGUGAACCUUUUUAAUUUUUUAUUCAUGUAUUUAUUUCUUUUAUCUUUGCACAGAGACAGCACAAAUGUGCUUUUUUAAACGUUUAGUUUACUGCACUUUUUUUUUGUCUUUUUUUUUUUUUUGGGUCAUGUAUUUGUGCAUCAUAAAGGAGCAUGAGACCUCACCGAAGAAUGGGUAGGAGCACGUUGCUGGGGAGGGCAGGGACCGGAGUGGCUUCAUGUGAGGCAGCAGCAUGGUCUGACCAACUGAGGGAGUCAGGAGGUUUAAGGCUGUCCAGACUCUGCCACGGUUUUUCCAAGUGGCCCAAGGCGAGUCACUAAACCACUCUGUGCCUCGGUUUCCCCUGUACGAAUGGGUGCACAGUACCCGUUUCCGUUACAGCACUUAAACCCUGGGAUGAAAGGUGCUAUGAAAAUGAAAUGUACUAAAGGCCAUGGAAUAGAAUUGCUCCCAUGUUACCAUAGUCCAAAGUAGCCAUGCCAAUUCACUUGGAUCCAAACUCUCUAGAGACUUCUCCUGUCUGUAACACUGUGCGGGGCAGCACACAGAUCCUGGCGACAGUGAUGUGGACUCUCAGCUCUCCCAGACGUCGUGGGCUYCGUGAUGGUCUCCGCCUCCAUCCUGUGCUGCACUGCUGCGCCACCCCUUCCUCUGUGCUUGGAGUCCACACUUCAUCCGACCAGCCACCACCUGCUCCGGACCCGUGGGCACAGACAGAUGGCAACUGGGCACCUCCUGAGCCCAGCCGUGCUGGAGGGCGAGUUCCUCACUCUGCCCAGCCCAUGUGGRGCUUGUCCGGACUCUGCAUCCUCCUGGAGCCACUCAGUCUCUCCACUUGCUCGUGGGUGUACCCUGGGGUCACACGUCACCUCUGCCCCUCAGCUGGGCAGGGAGACACAGGCACAUCCACACGCUGGAGGCAGGAACAGGAGCCUGGCUCUGCCACGGAUUCAUGCCAGCACUGCUGUGCCCAUGGACUCUUGGACAGAAAGCUUGGGUGACUGGGGUGUUGCCUAGGGUCACGUCCGCUGGUGGAAAUCCCUGCUGCGGGUGUCUGAGAGGGUUUGCUUUGCCAGGACUGUAAGCUAUAGGUGAGAGAAUUYGGUGUCACGGGAUAGUGUUCAGGCUCAUCCAUCAGCAGGACACACAUCACAGCGUUGUCUGGAAUCCAGCAAUCCCAUUCUCAUCUCCCAGAGAGACAACAGGAAAUCCUUAGACCAGAGGGAGACAGGCCUUGUUCAUGUGCUUUAUGAACCUCGCUUGAGAAAGAGGGUUGAAAUCCCUUUAGUUCCCUUUACAAUCUUCAUUUCCUUGGGAUUCCUUGUGGAGGGGUGGGGAAGCGGGACCCUGCUCUCAGGCCUCAGUCCUCACAAUCUGUCUUCAUAGCAGCACUCAGGAGCGGUUAUGUUGGGUGCCAGAAGGUGGCUGGGCUGAUGGGAAGCUCUUCUCUGUACUGUGCUGAACUUAGUGAGAAUCUUCAGGAAUUGAUGUUUUUUCUUGCCUGGAAUACAGGACCUGGACUUCCCUUCCCUG